CGGUACGCUUACGCCUAGGGUAGUAGGGUUUUAUGUAGAACACAACCCUUACUCCCGCACCCACCAGACCAGAGUGUCCAAUCAUGGCUAUCCAGAUGAGCAAGAAACGAAACUUAAUAGCUGAUGCCUGAUGGAAUGUUAUCGGCAGAAUUGAAUGAAGUUUUGACAACGGAAAAUUGGAUACUCUGGCGUUGAAGUUCGUGUCACUCCAACGCGUACUGAGAUCGUCAUUCGUGCUACUCGCACUCAGAAUGUUCUUGGGCAUGCUAUGGUGUUGCGAGGUUUGUUAUGGAGAAUGGAGCUAAGGGAUGUGAGGUUAUUGUUAGUGUUAAGCUACGAGCUCAGCGUGCCAUGAAGUUCGAGGAUGGUUACAUGAUCUCUUCCGGGCAGCCUGUCAAUGAGUACAUCGACUCAGCUGUGAGGCAUGUUCUCCUUAGACAGUUAAAAUCAUGCUCGAAUGGGAUCCGAAGGGAAAGCGCCAAGCAGGGUCCUCCUACUCCAUUGCUAGAUUUGGUUACCAUCCAUCCUCCCAAAGACGAGGACAUCUUUGUUCAACCUCCAGUUUUGACAACCAACAUGGAGGUCCCUGUUUCUAUUAGUAUUCCAGUCAUAUAAAUCCAGGUCUAGCCGUCUAGAGAACUACUUAAAUAAUGGUUUUUUGCUAGUGAAUUUAGAAAUUCUUUGAACUUACAUUUUAUGGGAGAGAAUUUCCCUGCUUUAAAGAGCUGGGCAUGAUGGAGAAGCGGGAUUAAUUUAUAUGGACAAUUUUUCCUCCUAAUGUAAGUUUAAAGAACUGAAAUAUAAGAAAAUAAUUAAAGGGUUGGGAAAAUAAUAUAGAAAAUGCUAGUAUAGGAGUACUUCCUUAGUGAAUUUUUAAUGGCAACAUUUUGACUUUACAUUUUAUACUCCCUGUUAAGGAUCUUCCUU